AUGGCCUCCUCGAACAACGCGUUAGAACCCGUCCAUUUGCCCUACUGGCCAACCUGUCAAAAUGCUCUGACUUGGUCGUCCGAAGACUUGGCUGUCGCUGCAGGUGAGGUUGUGCAUAUUCUGACGCCGCGUUAUGUUUCACAAUCUCAACGGCUUGCGGGUCACAGGCAGUGGCAUACUUACACCUUGCGUGUGAAUAUGUUCGAGCCAAUCGAAUGGCCGUACCAGUCUAUGGCUCCUCUCAAACAUUUCUCCCUGGGCGAGGAGCUCUCCGACUCGGCGAUCGUGUCGCUUGCAUGGUCGCCCCCGGGCUUGGCCCUGUACAGAAGGAGUGUUCUUGGUAUUUUGACUUCAAAUCUUGUCCUAUCGUUCUGGGAAUCCGAUGGUAGAGUGGGUGUGUGGAAGCGGACUGGCAUCGUCAAUCAAAAUAUACCCAUUACUGCCGCCCCUAAGACGGCUGACAAUCCUAGACGCAAGAAAAGGAUCCGCGCAUUCUGCUGGUGUCCUCAGCUGCAACCUUUUGGAGCCUCUAGAUGGAGCACCCAGUUACUGGUGGUUGCAGACGAUGACAGAACCAUCCUCGUGUUUCGCGUCCGAAAACAUGAUGGUGCAACUUUUGGGGGAUGGCGAUUUGAACUUGUGGCAACGCAGACAGUUCAGAAUACCGAUUUGCACCUGGAGGGGAUGAGCACUCUGAGAAGUACGCUUUCCACCUCGUCCCCUAUAUCGAAGCUCGCGACAACUGAAUGGCAACCCGAACAAGAGGUAGAUUCAACUUCUAGGACAGACGUUUUGACCUUACAGGUGGACAUGGGUCAAUGCACUCAGCCAAAGCACCUUUCCAUUCACGUGGUGAGGACAGCCGGGGACAAUGCGGACCGCUCUUACUCCUCCCAAGAUCUGAAAGUGUCGAUUAUAGAGUCCAAAUCAGCGUCAGAUCUUUCGAAGAAUGAUCCGCCUCUCGAAUCUUUUUUUGAAGCAGCAAUUCACGACAUCCAGUCCGAGUACAAUGAAAAGUUCAAUCUUGGUGGGAGGGUGCGCGUCCGGAACUGGGGUACAGCCAUGUCUUGCGACAAGACUCAUGCUGCAACCUGCAUCUCAUGCCAUCCUUCUGAUAUGAUUGAAUAUGGCAUGCCAUCCAGUCAGCAUACGGUGGUAUUGUUUGCUCAGCUACAGCAGCCCUUGGCUCCUGAAAGUCCAAACUCCAUCCGAAGUGAUGCUGCUGUUCGCGAGGAGAUUCUCCACUUCAUCACGAACUCUCCGGCAGAUUGGGUCAAAACGGCCAUGGACAGGAACAUCGUCCGCAAUGCCGCUGCUCUGAUUUCGUCCGAACUCAAAGACCGUCCGUCUUUGGCCAGGUGGGCAGCCUCCACAUUGAAUCAUCUCGCGGGUAACCACGGAGGAGUCGAAAGAGGUGGGAAAAUGCAACAGAGUGGCCCGAUGGACUCGGGUCCAGAAACUGAUGUCAUCUUCGAACAUGACGGCGUCCCUGCUAGAAUCUCGACCGAAGAGACCUGCGAGAUUUGCGAGGCAUCAAUACCCUUCAGUUCCCCCCUAGAUGCAGCGAGGUGUAUCAACGGACACCAAUUCAGCCGAUGCAGUAUCUCCUUCGUUGCGGUCCAAGAGCCUGGAGUGUCCAAAUAUUGCGCCAAAUGCGGAAGGCAAUUCCUCGACCCUGGCAAGCUGGAAUUCCCCGAGGGUCCAAGCUUGAGUCAAGCGUUAUUCGACCAGUUCGACAUUUGCCCCUAUUGCCAAGGCAAGUUUCGCGGUUGA